AUGAUAAUGAUAGUCAUAUUUUUCCUCAGGUAUGUGCUUGGGGGGAAGCCCUCUCUAAAGGAUGUGGUGUUUAGUAGGGGCAUCCAGCUCUUUGUUGAAGGUAAGCUGGAAUUUAGUACCUUUUGCUGCAAUAUGUAUUUGAAGGCUAAUUGUUAUUGACACGUUCUCUCACAAAGGAGCUCACAAUUGUCUGUAUUUCAAUAACAUUUGCUCAAGAGAGUUCUAAUAUUUCUCCAAGUGUUUCGUUCGAACUCCUUUCACCCCAAAGUCUUCAUGCAUGUUGACCUUCUUUGUUAUUGACACAUUCUCCCACAAAGGAGCUCACAAUUGUCUGUAUUUCAAUAACAUUUGCUCAAGAGAGUUCUAAUAUUUCUCCAAGUGUUUUGUUUGAACACCUUUCACCCUAAAGUCUUCAUGCAUGUUGACGUUCUUUCUCUUGUCAGGUUUGAACCCUUCUGAUCCAUCUGUACUCAUCCUCUCCUCCUUCGGGAGCGACCCUGGUGCCUCACACACACCUAUGCUGGUGUGUGUACUCAGUGGUUUACACACACACCUGGUGGACAUCAUUUGGUGGAUCAACAACACAGUGGUUACCCCAGAGAACAAUGUUGUUUGGAGUUCCAGGGGAAGCGAUGGCACGUACACAGCUACCGGACUGUGGACUGUGUCUGGAAAUGACUGGAAGCCACAGAAUGACUACUGGUGUGGAACCAGACAUGAAGGAAAGAUUUAUAUAAAUGGUACACGGCCCUCACUUUGCAGGGAUUUUACUUAA